CGGCGGGCAGGCCUGGGGGGCGGGUCCGUGCGGGCCUCCGAGCCGCCCGCCCCGCCGCGGAGAGGUCACGGCGUGAGGCGAUCGCCGCGAGGUCGGAGCGCCGGGCUGCGUCAUGGCCUACUGCCGGCAGGAAGGGAAGGAUCGAAUCAUAUUUGUGACCAAAGAGGACCACGAGACUCCAAGCAACGCAGAGCUGGUGGCCGACGACCCCAAUGACCCGUACGAGGAGCAUGGACUGAUCCUGCCAAACGGAGACAUCAACUGGAACUGCCCAUGCCUUGGGGGGAUGGCCAGUGGCCCAUGCGGGGAACAGUUCAAGGCGGCCUUUUCCUGCUUCCACUACAGCAAGGAGGAUGUCAAGGGGUCGGACUGUGUGGGCCAGUUCCGGGCCAUGCAGGAGUGCAUGCAGAAAUACCCAGACCUCUACCCCCAGGAAGAGGAGGAGGAGGAGGAGCCAGCGGAUCCCUCACAGGAAGCAGCUGCCUCCGAGGCCAGCGCAAGCAAAGAGGCGGCGGCGUCGAGCUAACGAUGGCCGGGGCGCUGGGCUCCAGCCGCCUUCAGAGCCCAGACGAACCUCUCCAAGAAAGUGUCUUUCCCUCCGUUGUUCCGUGCACUGUAAUGUACAAAAUAAGUUAUUGUGCUGAUCGGGGGUCUUGGCCCCUUGCCGCAUUUACACUGAAAAAUGGGGUUGUGUGUAUGUGUGUCUCACAUGAACCUGUUGGUGAAUACAGCUGCCACUUUUUUGAGUUCUCAGAUUGUCCUGAACUUUGCCACCUGGAAAUAACGUGCUGAAUCAUCUCAGCAACCGCAAAUCACUAUCUGGGAGGGACUCUUGUGAGUGAGCUGAUUUGUUUUGAUUCUUUGUGUUCCUUUUAGUAGAUUUUAUACCCAGUUGGCAAGUGAAAUAGAAACAAAACGUUUUCCCUUAUAAAUGCUGGGGUGGGGCCAUUCCUUGUAAGCAGAGGUGAGAUGAUCAGGCCUCGAGUAUUUGAGGAGGCGCUAUGCUUCAUUUCCGGUUCCUUCUGGUUUCCAGUUUUGCCUUGAGCUCCAGGUUUUCUGCGGUUAGAAAGCAGAGCUUUGGACCCUCUGAGUGAAUCCCUGUGUAAGUGAAAAGAAGGGCUGAUUGUUGAUGUUCUUAUUAUUCCCAAAGCUCUGCUCUGGGACCGUGUUCACAAUGGUUCUGUCUCAGCCUGUCCAGAUGCAGCGCUCCUGAGAGGUGGGGACCUAAUCAUUACCAGAGUGGGAGGCAAGAGAGCAAACUGUCAAUUAAAAGGAAAACAUG